AUGGUGUCCCCUAGUGUAAGAAAGCUCUCAGAGAGAAAGAUGGAAGAAGAAGAAAGGGGCAAAUUAUCUUUAGCAUAUCCAAUGAACAGUGGAGAUGGCCCCUACAGCUAUGCCAACACCUCCGUUUCUCAGAGAGUGGUCAUAGAUUUUACUAAAGAACUUGUGCAAAAGGAAGUUGCAGAAAAGCUUGACAUAGGAUUUAGUAGUACGAGUCCUCCAAAAGCCUUUUCCAUUGCAGAUUUAGGUUGCUCUGUUGGGCCAAAUACAUUCAGUGCAGUGGAAAACAUCAUUGAAGCUGUGGAGUUGAAGUUCGAAUCCGAAGGCCUCGCUUCCAAAAUUCCAGAAUUCCAAGUUUUCUUCAAUGACCAUACCUCAAAUGAUUUCAACAUGCUCUUCAAGAACAUUCCUCCAAUCCGGCGAUAUUACGCUGCCGGAGUUCCCGGUUCUUUCUACAGUCGCAUAUUUCCGGAGGCUUCUCUCCACUUUGUUCAUUCUUCUUUUUCCAUCCACUGGCUUUCUCAAGUGCCAAAAGAAGUAAUAGACAAAAGCUCUCCUGCUUGGAACAAAGGGCGAGUUUAUUACUCGAAUUCUCCUGAUGAAGUUAUCAAGGCUUAUAAAGCUCAAUACGAGAAGGACAUGGAAGAGCUUUUGCAAGCCAGGGCACAAGAGGUUGUUUGUGGAGGAUUGAUGGUGUUUAUCAUUCUGGGCAUCGCCAAUGGAGUUAAUCCUUUUGAAGCAGGAGGAAAUAGGGGUUUUGACCUUAUAGGAUCUUGCCUAAUGGACAUGGUUAAAAAGGGAAUAGUUAGUGAGGAGAAAGUGGACUCCUUCAACAUACCAACUUAUUUGAUGACACCUCAAGAAUUUGAAGCCGCCGUGAAGCGAAAUGGAAGUUUUAGCGCAGAGAGAAUAGAAGUUCUUCCCCAUGUGAAGGUAAAUGGUGCUUCUCUUAAUGCCCACCAACUUACGUACUGUGUGAGAUCUACUCUUGGCCAACUGAUCAAGCAGGAAUUUGGAGAAGAGAUUGUGGAUGAGCUUUUUGACUUGUAUCUUAAGAAACUAGAAGAGAUAGAUCCAAGCUCUAUCGCUGAAGCGGAGAAAACAAUCAGCUUUCUUGCUGUGCUUAAACGCAAACCAUCGCAAUAG